AUACGCUGGCGCUCUGCAGGUAAUCUGCUCACAGAGCUAAAUAAGAAGCAGGGGGGCAGAGGUUGUUUGUCAUUCCUCGGUGCAGACUGAAGGCACGCUCCGAGGGAGCGCCGACAUCCUUUUCAAAGGUUGACAUGAUGACAACAUCCCCGUGGGACUUGUGGUACUCUACAAGCUGCUGUCUAUGCUGUCAUGUCCGCACUGGAACCAUCAUCUUGGGGGUCUGGUACAUGCUCAUCAACGCUGUGGUGUUACUCAUCCUGCUCACAGCGCUCAGUGAUCCUGAGCAGUACCACCUGACCAGUGCUGAGUUGGCUAAUGACUUGGAUGUCAUGGAUGAUGCCAACAUGUGCAUUGCCUCGGCCAUCUCUCUGCUGAUGAUACUCAUAUGCGGGAUGGCAACGUAUGGGGCAUACAAGUUGUGUGCUGCCUGGAUCAUCCCGUUUUUUUGCUACCAGAUCUUUGACUUUGCACUCAACACCUUAGUUGCUGUGAGCAUCGUGGUUUAUCCAAAUACCAUCCAAGAUUACCUGCAGCAAUUGCCUGACAAUUUCCCUUACAAAGAAGAGGUUGCUGCCCUCAGUAAUGUGUGCUUGGUUGUCAUUGUGUUGAUAUUCAUCAGCUGUAUUCUGGCCUUUAAGGCUUAUCUGAUCGCCUGCGUGUGGAACUGCUACAGAUAUGUGUGCAGCCGCGGCACUGCUGAAAUCCUGCUUUAUGUCACAACUAAUGACACAACUGUCCUGCUUCCUCCAUAUGAUGACUGCAUCAGUGUUCCUGGCAAACAGGGUGCCCCUCUGUCCUCGCCUCCUAUGACAGCAUGAGAACAUGGCCAGGAUCCCUCUGACUGGAGCCUGAUGUCAAUACGAUCCAUGUGUGCACCACACUGCCUCUCCGGUGUCCCUUAUGCUCAUGUUGUUUGUGUCAUGAACAAGGUCAUCCAGCACACGUAUACUGUAAAAUGUACACGCACACCACAUAGCACCAGCGUUACCAAGCCCCUACUUAUGUAUCUCAUUAGUCCUAUAUACCCUAAUUCAGUGCAUUCGAGGAAUUCCUGAAAUAUUUUAUGCAUUCGACUUUGAUGAUAAUACCAUUAAAAACGCAACUGAAAGUUUAGUAGUUGAGAGAUUAUAUAUAUAUUUUUAUUAAUGCUGCAUAUGCCGUUUGUGUAUUCUGUGACUUUUAUAUUUGAGCAAUCAAUGCCCAGAGUAAAGAGUGAGUACGGGGUUAACAUGUGAUUCUUGUUGGUUGCAUCUCUGCUCAUGAACUGGCUGGGAUGCCUUUGCUGUCUUUGUACUGUCGAUUUUUCUCCGAUGGGCUUAAAAUAUCACAUUGACAAAAACACCUUUUGAGAGUGUGUCCUAAUGUAAUCGUGUGCAAAGUUUUUGUCUUGCUGUUGAUGAGAAAAAAAAACAAAAUUUGGAUGAUAUAAUGGUAGUUUUGAGUGGAAAUCCAUUUGCAGAGUCUUAUCAAUUUAGAUUUGGAAAUGAUGUUACACAAGCAAAAUGAUUAUGGACCUCAGCAGUGUUUAUUAUUUCAAUCAAGUUGUGUUAUGUGGAAACACAGUUUUGUUUUGGGAUAAGUGUUCUCCAGAACGCAAAUGCUAUGCUGGGAUGUGCAAUCAUAGAGACAAAUUGUUGUUUUGUUGUGCAUUAAACUCAAAUUGAAAU